AUGAAGCCUCUCAUCUCAUUCACUCUCGCGCUCGCGCUCUCGCUCUCACCGAUCCUUUCCUCGGUUCUUGCACUUGGGCAAAAGGCUACGGUUACUACGAUCAGACCUGUGGAUGGGGAUGGGGAUGAGCUGCUUGAAUUGGCGGGCACGGGACCGGAUGGGCAGAUUCUACUCAGUGCUGAGGAUUGGUGGGGCGUUAUUCGCGCGGCGGAGGAUCUGGCGGGGGAUUUUGGGAAGGUUACGGGGAGGAAUUUGACGUUGACGAAUUGGAGUGCUAUAGAUACAAAUACCACGAAUAGCAAUGGCACAAGAACUGCAAGGGGAAUUGGAAAGAGUGCACGUUUGGGGUUGCAGAGUAACGAGACGUAUACAAAUGGGAACGGGAGCUCGACCGCGGCCUAUUACACAUAUAACCCCGUAACGAGUUUCGUCAAUUACACAACCGGCCCAGCAGCCUCCUUCACCGGCCCAACUCUCUCCAAUACCCCCCCUUCGCACCCCGUCAUCAUAACCGGCACGCUACACAAAUCCCCACUCAUCGCCUCCCUCAUCAAAUCGCACAAGCUAGACAUCUCGUCCAUCUCUGGGCGCUGGGAGUCCUUUAUCAGCGAAGUGAUCACCGAUCCCCUGCCCGGAUCGGGGAUCGAUCGCGCGCUUGUGGUUGUGGGGAGUGAUAUGCGGGGGACGGUGUAUGGGCUUUAUGAUAUCAGUGAGCAGAUUGGUGUGAGUCCGUGGUGGUGGUGGGGGGAUGUGCCGGUGAGGAAGAGGGAUGGGGUUUGGGCGUUGGAAGGGAAGAAGGUGCAGGGGGAGCCGAGUGUGAGGUAUAGGGGGGUUUUCAUUAAUGAUGAACAGCCGGCGCUGACGAAUUGGAUUAAUUCGAAUUACCAACCUGGAAAAUACGGACCGGGCUAUAACCAUUACUUCUACCCGCGUGUCUUUGAGCUCCUGCUCCGAUUAAGAGCUAAUUAUUUCUGGCCUGCCAUGUGGGGGAGUAUGUUUGGGGUGGACGAUACUGCGAACCAGCCGCUUGCCGACGCGUACGGGAUUGUGAUGGGCUCAAGCCAUACCGAGCCAAUGAUGCGCGCCACAAACGAAUGGACUACUUUCGGCAAGGAGUAUGGAGGGAAUGGCCAGUGGGAAUACGACACCAACAAUGCCUCUCUGGCCGCCUUCUUCACCUAUGGCGCGCAGCGCGCUAAACCAUACGUCCCGAACUCGCUGUUCACCAUGGCGAUGCGCGGGUCUGGGGAUACGGCCAUCACGCUUACUCAAGCGCAGGCUAUUGCGGUGCUGCAGGACGUGGUGGCAAAGCAGAGGGAGGUUUUGGGGGAGGUUUUUAAUGGAACAAAGAUUGAGGAGAUUCCGCAGAUGUGGUGUCUUUAUAAGGAGGUGCAGGGGUAUUAUGAGAAUGGGCUAAGUGUUCCUGAUGAUGUUACGCUGUUGUGGGCGGAUGAUAAUUGGGGGAAUAUUCGGAGGCUGCCAACUGCGAGCGAGACGAAUAGAUCGGGUGGCGCUGGGGUAUAUUACCAUUUCGAUUACGUGGGUGAUCCGAGGGAUUACAAGUGGAUUAACACGAUCCAGCUUCAGAAAACAGUUGAGCAGAUGCAAUUAGCAUACGCGCGCCAAGCAGACCGCAUCUGGAUUCUCAACGUAGGUGAUUUGAAAACCCUCGAGAUCCCCAUUAACCAUUUCAUGGACCUCGCAUACGACACUCCCGCCUGGGGCUACAACAGCGUUGCCUGCUGGCUCAGCUUAUGGGCAGAGCGUGAGUUUGGCCCCGAGCACAGCGCCGCUAUCUCAUCCGUCGUCGAUCGUUACGGCAUGUACGCCGCGCGCCGGAAAUACGAACUCCUCGAUGCGAGUACGUAUAGUAUUGUCAACUAUAACGAAGCAGACGCUGUUCUCGCUCAAUGGCAUGAGCUUGCCGUUGAUGCGCAGGAGGUGUAUGAUAGGCUGGAGGAUGCGUGGAAGCCGGCGUACUAUGAGAUGGUGCUUCAGCCGGUGCUGGGAGGGCAAGUUGUGAAUCAGAUAUAUAUUAAUGCGGGCAAGAAUCGGCUGUAUACGGCCCAGAAGAGGAAUACAGCGAAUCAGGUGGCUGAGGAUGUGCUGGGGUAUUUCAAGCAGGAUCAUGUGCUUACCCAGCGGUAUCAUGACUUGCUUGAUGGGAAGUGGAAUCAUAUGCUUGAUCGUAAGUUCGCCCCUAUAUUAGGACUAAGAAGCGAGCUGACUGGAUUCGUUCGGUUAGAAACGCAUUUAGGAUAUGAUCUUUCCUACCACAGCCAAAACUACGACGGAUACUGGCAGCAACCAAUGCGAAAUACCAUCCCCGCACUAUCCUACGUCCAACAGCUAGAAACCUCACUCGCUGGUAAUAUCGGAAUAGCGGUCGAGGGCUCUAACGCCACAGUUCCCGGCGACGAUGCCUGGCACGCCAAUUCCGGCAGCACGCUCGUCCUACCGCCCAUGUCACCCUACGGCCCCCGAACCCGCUGGAUCGAUGUAUUCGCCCGCGGCACUCAAGGCUGCCAAUGGUCCAUCUCACCCUCGCAACCGUACGUACUCGCUACCCCGAACGCAGGAGGAACCGGUGGUCUCAAUGGCACCGAUACGCGCGUAUAUAUGUCUAUUGACUGGUCGAAAGCACCUCCUGCACCAAGUACGACCAUUGUAAACGUAGGGAUAAAUUUGACCUCUUCCUGCACCUGGGGCAACUAUCCCGCGCCCACAAUCCAAGUACCUAUCUAUAACCCCACCAUCCCAGCCUCCAUCACCAGGGGUAGCUUCCUUGAAUCCGAUACGCACAUCUCCAUAGAAGUCGAGCACACAACCACCAACACCAACACCACUACCAACACAUCCUACACAACCCUCCCAUCAUACGGCCGCACUCUAUCCGGCGUCACCCUAACCGACCCCCUCGCACCCCCACAGCCACCUCCCAUAGGCCCCUUCCUCUCCUACGCACUCUACAGCUUCACGCCCUCUCCCUCGGCGUCCGUGACCCUAUUCCUAUCCCCCUGUGGCAAUAUAAACGGUCCCGACUUCCCCAUGUCAUACGGCGUAGCCUUCGAUUCCGAAACACCUCAAGUGCGCCAAUUCAUACACAACGUUGCUUCUACUUCCGGUUCGACUUCUACUGCAGCAUAUCCGCUCGGCUGGUACCAAGCCGUCGCAGACGGCAUAUGGGGCGCUAGGGGGAACACCACGACAACAGUACAUGAUUUAAGCGUACCGGGAAGACAUACGUUGAAGGUUUGGCUGGUGCAGCCGGGGGUUGUGCUGCAGAAGAUCGUGGUUGAUUUCGGGGGAGGUGUGAGGGAGAGUUAUUUGGGGCCGCCGGAGAGUUUUAGAGCGGGUGUUGAUGUAGUCGGGGGGUAUGAUGGGGGGAAUUUUGCGGGGGUGGAUGUGCUUGAUGUUUUGUGA